ACACUGUGGGCGACUUCUAAAAAACGGCUCCGGUAAAAAAAAUUAAAAAUUAAAUGAAUUAAUAAUUCGGAAAGUGUUUAAAAGUGUUUAACCGUCUCAAUAAUUGCACUAAUUAUCGUGUGCAUUGUCGGGUUAAAUCGAAAAGUGUCGAAUUAGUUUGAAUUCGUGUGCUUUCGACCGCCUCAGCAGCAUAUGUACAUACAAUACACACACACACACAUACUUCAUACAUAAAGAGGAGUACAUAAAUCCAUACAUACAAAUCUGCUGCAAGUGCAAGUGCAGCUGCCGGAUCCGCAAGGAAAGAAAGUGAAGUCUCCUCCGCCGAUGCCGUCGCAAGGGGCUGGGGCCGCUGGCUGCUGCUAGGCACACCACACCGCACACACGGAAUACACGGAAUCAGGAACAAGGAAUAGGAGUUGCCGUUGGUUGCCGCUCCCCCGCAGCCGUGCCCUGUUGUCAUCGUCCCCAUCGAAUCUCUCGUCGUCUCCGAUGCUAAGGCACAGCAGAAAUGCAUUGGCUGGAAGGCCGCCCAGAGGCAGCAACUUGCAGCAAGCAUAGAAUGCAGCCAGAGACUAACCAAACACACAGACCAGCAGCAACACACGAAAAGAACACUGAAUGAAUACUGAGCCCGACUCUCGUUUGCAUCCAUCCCGCAUCUUGCAUCCAUUACGCGCAGCAGCAGCUGGAGCCGGCCAUCGCUAGCUAGGCAGCUAGGGAGCUAGGCAGCGCCCGAAGGAGCGAAGAAGGAGGCCCUUGUGGAGGGAGGAGCUGGUCUGGAAUGUUGGAACACCCACAGCGGUUCGCGCGUAACAUCCCCGACUCCUCAAGCAGCAGCACCAGCAGCAGUGCUCAUCAUCAGCAGCAGCAGCAGUAUCCGCCGCCGCCGCCGCAGCAUCAGAAUCUGAAUCUCAAUCAGAAUCAGAAUCACAACCAGACCUACCAGUACCGUCCGCAGACGCAGGCUCAGGCACCUGGAUCGCCGGCGCACCAUCAGCGCCACUCGUCGCUCUCCCAGCAGCAGCAGCAGCUACAGCUGCACCAUCGCACCCUGUCGACCGCCUCCAGCUGCAGUGCCCAGCACAAAAGUGUGACUUUCGGCCAGCCAGCGAUCGACUACAGCAACGGCGGCAGCAGCAGCGGUAACUCGUCCAGUUGCAGCGCCGCUGGCAACGCUGGAACCCAAUCAAUGGCGGGAAACAUGAAGCACGGCAAAUCUCAGGAAGACGUCUGCUACGUGGUAGCCAAGUACGAUUAUGCGGCGCAGGGAGCCCAGGAGCUAGACCUGCGUAAGAACGAGCGCUAUCUGCUGCUGGACGACUCGAAGCACUGGUGGCGUGUCCAAAACAGCCGCAACCAGUCUGGCUACGUGCCCAGCAACUAUGUGAAGAAGGAGAAGCCCUCGCUCUUCGACAGCAUCAAGAAGAAGGUGAAAAAGGGCUCCGGUUCGAAGACGCUGCCCAACUGCUCGCCGUCCCGGCAGAUCGAGAGUCCAACCAUGUCGCGACGCUUGCCCCCCGAUCCGGCCGAGGCCAUUGGCACGGCCAUCGUCAAGUACAACUACCAGGCCCAGCAGCCCGACGAGCUAUCGCUGACCAAGGGCACGCGAAUCCUCAUCCUGGAGAAGUCCAACGAUGGGUGGUGGCGCGGCCAGAGCGGCAACUCCGUCGGCUGGUUCCCCAGCAACUACACAACCGAGGAUUGUGAUAACGAUGGCGAGAUCCACACCUAUGCCAUGGCCGAGAACGUCCUCGACAUUGUGGUGGCCCUCUACAGCUUCACGUCGAACAAUGACCAGGAGCUGUCGUUUGAGAAGGGCGACCGGCUGGAGAUCGUGGAUCGGCCCGCCUCCGAUCCGGACUGGUACAAAGCUCGCAACAACCAGGGCCAAGUCGGUUUAGUUCCACGCAAUUAUCUCCAAGAGUUGAAUGACUACCUGGCCACGCCCUAUCGCAACACUAGCGCCGCCGGCAAUGGCAAUGGCAGUGGCAGCAACGGUGGGGCUGGUGGCGGCGGCGGUGGAGGAGGCGGCGGAGACUCCAUGGAACGCCGCAACGAGGGCAACAACAAACCCUCCUCGCAGUCCUCCACUCAGCCCAUGGAGCGACCAAAUUUGGCGGGCAAGACCUGGUACUACGGCGCCAUUACUCGCAGCCAGUGCGACACGGUGCUCAAUGGCCACGGCCAUGACGGCGACUUCCUCAUCAGAGACAGUGAGACUAACAUGGGCGACUACUCGGUUUCGCUGAAGGCCCCCGGUAGGAACAAGCACUUCCGCGUGCACGUCGAGCAGAACAUGUACUGCAUUGGCCAGCGGAAGUUCCACUCUCUGGACCAGCUGGUCGACCACUACCAAAGAGCGCCCAUCUACACGAACAAGCAGGGCGAGAAGCUGUAUCUGGUGCGGUCGCUGCCCAAGGCCAAUGGAACGUAAAUUGUCACAAGGAGGAAUCUCAUCGAUUGGCAUCAUUAUUACCCGUAUUAAGCAUACACAACACAAAGAUAUACCAAGGCUAACUUAUAGGCAGCUCAGCAGCUCAGCUCGACGUGUAGUUCAAUGUAGUUUCCAGAUUCAGAUUCAGUUUCAGUUUCGGAUUAAGAUUCAGAUUCAGUUUAAUGCCAAACCAAUUCGAAGGUUCAGCGCAGUUCAGUUUAGAUCAAACCGGAUCGGAUGGGAUCUGUGGAUCUGUGUACGAGUGUGUGUGUAUAUAGAUCUUAUAUAGCCACGGACAAAGGACCUUUUUGUACUUUUAUAUAAUUAAAUUAAAUUAAAUUAACGCUUAAUUAUCGCAUUGGCUAUGUUAACGAGGGAAGCAAGAUGCAGAGGAGAAGAUAAAAAACACACAUCACAUCACAUUACCUUUUGUGAGCCGCCUUCGGUGGUGGCAAGUGAGGGAUGAGGGAUGUGAGAGGUGGGAGGGAGAAGUUAGAGGGAUUCAAAGAACAAUUCUAGAUGUCAACAUGCAACAUUACACUUACAUAAGUAUAUAAAACAUACCAUAUACAUACAUGUGCACAUAUUACUAUAUUCUAAAACGAAAGUUGUAGCCGACUAAAAUGUACACAGAGGAGUAGACCGAAGAGACUAGACAGAGAGCAGGAGAUGUGAAAUGAACGCUUUUAACCCAGACACUUGAAAAUGUAAUAUGAAAUAUGAAGCAUACAUACAUACAUACAUAGAUACAUAUAGUACAUACCUAUAUAGAGUAUAUGUACGCAAAUCAGUAGGAUGAUGUCUAUUAUCCGUGCAUAACGAUUACAUAUGUAUAACCAAGUCCGCGAUAUAGUUGUUUGUGUAUGUACAUACAUAAGUGAUGCACAGGCAGCCCUACCAUGCCACAUGCCACACGCCACACAAAUCACCAUCACCACAGACGACACUCAACUCAACCAAAAGCCACACCCACACACAGCCAGAGUGAGGAUCGCUCGCUCCUACAGUCAUUUUUGUUAUUUAACCAUUUAAUUAUCGACUACGAUAUAACCAUAACAAAUACAAUUGAUAUCUCUGGGCAGCUCUGGCUCCAGAUGCUGUUCGCAUAAUUAUAAAACAUAAUCGAAUCGUUUGUGCGGCACUACGGCCAGGGGGCAAUGGGGGAGGGGGGGGAGGCUUAUAUACGCCAUAUACUGUACAGUUGAUGCAAUGCUAACGCCUAGAUACCAUUUUCAAUAUAAAUACUAUAUUUACGAUUAAGAGUAGAGUGCAGCGAUUCCAGCUUUAACUUUUGUUUAAUUAUUGCAAUUACAUUUUGUUUGCCUUUUUUGAUGGCCCUCUGAUUAUGAUUAUUACUAAUUUUAUUAUUUUGUUUUUAUUUAGCUCUAGGAAAGUGAUUAGGGAAACGAUGAUUAGAUACGGGGGGAGUGGCUGCCAGACGAGGAGUUAUGUGACUUUCGACUUUCUUUCAUAUGCGAAUUUUUAAUAUAAAAAUUAAUAUAUACGAGUACAUAAAAAUAAACAUUAAAUAAUUUAUGGUAAUUUAAACAAUUGCUAAACCAACUAGUACUAAAAAGGACGAGAACAAACUAGAAAUUAUACCGAAACGGAA